ACAGUUUUAAAAGAUCUAUUGCCACUUCUGGUGAAUUUGUUCUUACAGUCAGUGGGAUCUGGAAUCCUUGAGAUCCAUGGGCUACAGUGAGUGAGUUGUCUCUGGCCUCCCCCUUACCUGCAAGUAUUUUACACCAGAAGGAAGCAGAACCACAUGCAGCUACCCAAACAGCCUGUGCUACACCAACACAUGCUCACUGCCUACCAUUCUGUAGGCACAUUGCCAUACACUUGACAUAUCCACGUCUCUGAUCAUUAAAGCAGCUCUAUCAUGUAAAUACUAUUAUCCCCAUUUUAUACGUGAGGAACCUGGGGAUCAACAUAAUUAAGUAAUUUUCAUGGGUUUCCAUUGAGGCAGAGGCAGGAUUUGAACCCAGUCCUGUUUAGCUCAUGUUGUUUCUGCAAUGCUUCAUUGCCGUUCAGUGCAUUUUUUUGCCCUCCCUAUGCUUAUUCUCUGUCUCCUCUUCUGUUUCCCUUUCAGAAUCCUUAUCAAUCACAAGGGUUUUUUGAAAUAUAAAAAUGUGUGUAUAUAUUAUAUGUACAUAUAUAUCUAUACUAUAUAUCUAUAUACCCAUACUUUUAUACCUAUAUACCCAUAUAGAUGUAGAUAUUUAUAGACAGAUAUAAAUAGAUAUAUAGAUGUAUAUAACAUUAAAUGAGGAAAGAUAUACCCCUCAAAUGUUAAUGGUUGUUUUAUCUGAGUAGUAGAAUAAUUCGUGAUUUUCAUUUUUUCUUUGUGUUUUUGUGUCUUUCUCAAACUAGUAUUAUUGUCAUCAGGAAACAGUUUUUUAAAUCUUUCACAUCCUUUCAAAUUCAUAUGCUACUACCUUUGUGAGUAAAAUCUUUCCUGAUCUCCACACUAAUGCUACUUUCUCUUUUGAAACACACUCUCUUUCCCCAGCACUUUUUUUGUAACAUUAGUUAUUUAUUUUGAGAGAGAGAGGGAGGGGGAGUUGCAGAGAGAGAGGAGAGAGAAAACCUCAGGCAGGCUCCAAACUGCCAGCGCAGAACUCAGUGCGGGGCUCAGACCCAUGAACUGUGAGCCCAUGACCUGAACUGAAAUCAAGAGUACGAUGCUUAACCGGCAAGAGCCACCCAGGUGCCACUCCCCAGCACUUUUAUUGUCUUGGGUCAUUUCCGGCAUUUUGCUUUGUAUUCUGUGUAACCACAGGUCCCCAGGUCCCACAAAUUGAUAGAGGAAAGGAGUCGGGGAGGCGCAGCUAAUGAUAAAAAAUGUAACGGACUAGCUGUUGCUCCAUUAGGAAAGCUAGAAUCUUCCUCCUGUAUCCACUGUAUCCCAGACUUUUUGGUCUCAUCCCCUCCUUGUGGUCCUGGCCAUGUCUCUUCCACAUUGCUGUUCCUAUGACCUGAGUCAGCCAUGAUGCUCACUCUGUGUGUGAUGCUGUCCCCUCUCCUUCACUUGGUACCAAGCUAGGCCCCAUUAUUCCAUCAGCCUCACACCAUCUAAGCUGUGCCUCUACCUUUCAUCACUUUGCUGAAGUGGGACCAUCUCCCACCCAGGAAGGCCUGUCUGCAGCAACCAGAACUGGAAGCCUGGUGGCCCGCUUGACAUGCCCUGUGCUUGGGUAGACAAGCAGAAGCAACCCUGCUUGGGCUGUCUUCAGUCCACCGUGUCCUCUUCUAAGCCUCUCCAUUAACUUCUUAGACAGGAGCUGAGGACCAGUCAACUUUGUACACUCUGUGCACUCUGAAGCAGCUCUUAACAUAGGAUGGUCUCAGACUCCUCAGACUCCUCAAAAUCAAGUGCACCUAUUUCUCCUCAGGCUAGAUAGCCCAGGUCACCCUGGACAUCAUACAGCACAUAUGUUCUAGCAGGAUAUGAAAAGGAAUUUUAAGAACCCAGAUGGCAGUAGUCUUAUGACAUUCUUUUGACCAUCCCCAUGACUCUAUGGGGCUCUAGACCAUCCUUGAGGCUACAAGAGUGACAAGCCACAACUACAUCAAAAUUUGUAGCAAAUAAGGCUUAGGCUGGUGGGUUCGGUAUAAUCCUUGCCUGGGAGUUCCUGACCCAGUAGGAGAGCAGACAACCUCAGAACAGGAUGUGUUCAGGGCACUGUCCAGAGAGGAGAUUCGCACUCCCUCUACACUUCCCUGAGGAAGAAGGACCCGGGUGCUGCUGCUCUCCUGGAUAAGGUUGGACAUCCCCAGAGCUCCAGAACUGGGCGCGUCCUCCUAACAUGGCCUCCACCGCCUCCCCUCUGCCGCCUACCACUGAGGUUGCCAGUUCUGAGAACAGCAGCUCCUUCUAUGACUACGAGUACUACCUGGACAGUGUGGCCUUCAUGCUCUGCCGGAAGGAUGAGGUGAUGUCCUUUGGCAGGAUCUUCCUGCCAGUCUUCUACAGCCUGAUCUUUGUGCUGGGUUUGGGAGGAAACCUCUUUCUUCUAGUGGUCUUGCUCCGGUACAUGCCUCGCAGGCGGAUGACUGAGGUCUAUCUGCUGAACCUGGCCAUCUCCAACCUCCUGUUUGUGGUGACACUGCCUUUCUGGGGCAUCUCUGUGGCCUGGCAUUGGGUCUUUGGGAGUUUCUUAUGCAAGAUGGUGAGCACCCUCUAUACCAUCAACUUCUACAGUGGCAUCUUCUUCAUUAGCUGCAUGAGCCUGGACAAGUACCUGGAGAUCGUCCACACUCAGCCCCACCACAGACUGAGGACCCGGGCCAAAAGCCUGCUCCUGGCUGCCAUGGUAUGGACUGUGGCCCUGGCUGUCUCCAUCCCUGACAUGGUCUUUGUGCAGACACAUGAAAACCCCACAGGCGUGUGGAACUGCUAUGCAGAUUUCGGAGGACAUGGGACCAUCUGGAAGCUCUUUCUCCGUUUCCAGCAGAACCUCCUGGGGUUUCUCCUUCCACUCCUUGUCAUGAUCUUCUUCUACUCCCGCAUUGGCUCUGUGCUGGUCAGGCUGAGGCCCCCAGGCCAGGGCCGGGCUCUGAAGAUAGUCGUAGCCCUCGUGGUGGCCUUCUUUGUGCUGUGGUUCCCAUACAACCUCACCUUGUUUCUGCACUCACUGCUGGACCUGCAAAUCUUUGGGGGCUGCAAGGUUAGCCAGCACUUGGACUAUGCCCUGCAGGUGACAGAGAGCAUUGCCUUCCUUCACUGCUGCUUCACUCCCAUUCUCUAUGCCUUCUCCAGCCGCCACUUCCGCGGGUACCUGAAGGCUUUCCUCAUCACUGUGCUCCGGCACAACCAGGCACCUUGCCCUGCACAGGCCCCACUGUCCAGCUGUUCUGAGAGUAGCAGGCUCACUGCCCAAGAAGAAAUGACUGGCAUGAAUGACCUUGGGGAGAGGCAGGCUGAGCACUCCCCUGCCAUGAAUGACACGGGAGAAAAUGAAGCCUGAGUGGCCAUACCACAGUCUGGUGAGAGUGGAUGGGACCCAGCUCAGUUGGGCAUCCACCCAAAGUCCUCUCUUCAAGGGCCUCAUGGACCAUGUUGUCAAACCCAGUGGUCAGUUCUCAGUUCUCAACCAUCAGCAGCAUUUACUUACUCCUGUCUCUUCCUUUCACUUUCUUUAUUGCCUUCCAGGAAAUCAUACUCUCUUGCAUGAAUCGCUACAGUGUAUCCUAACUGACCUCUGUGCUUCUUAUCAUCAUGCUACGUCCUGUCAUCUAAUCUGCUCCCAGCAGCCAGCAUGGUCACCCACCCUCAGCCAUCACUGCCGUCUUCCUCAGAGUAGUCCAAGGCUUGCCACCCACCAGUGUGCCCUCUUCCCUGUAGCUCAGCUGGGAAAAUAUUGUUGCAGUAUCGUUUAAUGUCACAGCUUUGAUGGCACUGCCAAGGGUCUGGCAAGCCGGAGGGCCUGGAAGUGCCCCACCUGGGGAACUUCCCAGGAACAUGAGAGUCAGCAGGUGGGAUGCCAGGUGAACAUGGCAGUCCAGGAGGCUCUUCCUUCUUGUGCUUCCCAUGCCCCUCUCUGGAGCCUUCAAGGGUCCCUGGGGCCUGCACAAUCAAGUCUAAAUUUUUUGUCUGGCUUCAGGGCUGGAGCUUUCACACGUAGAAUCCCAUAUGCCAUCUUACCCUUAUUGUCCGUCAUUCCUUUUCACUUCCUGGACACCGGGUACCCCUUGUCUCUUACACAUUCCCACCUCUAUGUUUUGUGCUUGCCCACUUUCUUGUGUAACAGGGAUCAUUUUUUCAGCCAGCUGUCCCUCAUCCGUGUUCUUUAGCUGUCUCUCCUAAGGCCCCAGAGUCCCACUGUCAGGAAGGACUCUGAGCUCCAUUGGUGCCCUGGGAAAUGAAGCUCUGUAUCUGAAGGUGAUGAUUUGUUUGAGGAUGUGGGGGAGUGGCGUUCUAUUUUGGAGCUCCUGAAAUCUGGUACACAAGGGACCUCAGUCCUGCCCACAUAGCAGCCUGACUGGUGAGAUACAGCCUGAGCUGUACCAACUGGGUCUAGGUACCCAGAGUCUCUGACAUCGUAUCCAUGAUGCAUAGGUGAGACGGGAUAAGGUAUGCCAGCCAAGGGACACCUAGCAGGGCUUAUCCCCAGCACUGGCAGAUGUGUGUACGUGUAGUCUAUGUGCACAUGUCUGUGUUGCUGUGUGGGCUGUGCAUAGUACAUAUAGCUAUGUGGAUCUGACAUGAAUGUGUCACUGUGUCCCCUGGGCCUUGUGUCUGUGUGUUCCUAUGUGUCUUUCUCUAGCUGUGUAAGUGUGGGUAUGUGCUCUCUGCAAACAACAGGUAUAUAAGAAGUGCCCUGAAGCCGGUGCCCAAGGGGCAGGGGAAAGGGUGGCCACCAGUGACCCCUCGGUCCCUCUCACUGUCCUAGUUGCCAUGUACUGCAGCUGACCAUGGCGAGGGCUCUGACUACAGCACAGAAGGCACUGGUCAGGAAGCAAGUUGGAGCUGGGCUCUCACAGCCCAGGCCAGGACAGAGACCUCUUCAUCCUGACCUUACUUCCCAGUCCGCACCUUGGUUCCUCCUGCUGCUCUCCGUCUGCCCACCCAAAGGCCUAGUUCGCUGGCUGCACUGCUCACGCCUUUCCAGGAAAGCUCCCAGGAUUCUCUUGGUCCUCAGACUCUGCGGCAAGAUGGACUCUUCCCCUGGAUGACCCAGGGAGAGGGACAGGCAUGGCUCUGCCUCUACCCUGUGAAAUGUGGUUUGAGGGUUUACAGCUAUUACUGCCUAUGGAAAAAAUAUUUUUCUUUCCCAGGUACCUGCAGUUCCACCUUUGGCGUGCCAUCUCUGAUCUUACUUUGUUAUAAGCUAUCCUUAGAAAAUACACAUAGUGGGCUUUUCUUUGAGGGAGAAAAAAUGUGGUGCAGAAAUGAGGAUUUGGGGGUCAGGACUGUUGUGUCAGGACAGGUAGUGAUUAGAUGUAUCCUUGGGGGUCUCAGUCUUCCUACUGCCUCAAGGUCCUUGCCAGGGAAGGAAGGGUGGCCCUUGCAGAGAGUGUGUCCAGUCCCCAUGCAAGGGGCGUAGGACUACAGGUGCCAUGGGCCCCUCCUGUGCCCGCAGCUGGGCAUUGGCCCCUACAUGCACACCAUAAUCCUGGGUGCUCACUGCUUCCUGGGAGGCCUGUUGUUAUGGGCUGUGGGACGGUAUACUUGUAGUCACCCCACACCUCUGACCCACUGAGGCUUCCCUUGGUCCCAGGUAUACCCUCAAACAUGCAGUUCCUGGGAGAUCACUCUUAGUUGAGACCUCUUGGUCUUGACUUAAUGGAUUUGGGCCCUCAGUCCUGCCCCCCAGCCUGUUGACAGGCCAGGCCCUUGGUCCAGAUUUCUUUGGGUAUAGGGAAAAUGAGGGGGUGUAGCACCUGAGCAGUGCCCAGGAGGUGUGUGAAGGCCCUGCAUCUUUGCCUGUAUCCCAAUACCUGCUCUGGCACAGGGCCUGGCUGUGUGGGGAGGUCAUUGAUAAGCUCUCCAUGGUGGUUUCCAGCCUCUCAGUCCCCUUCUCCCUCCCCUGUUCUCUCUGUGUGUCUCUUCUUGUGCUCCUGGCCCCUUGUGGGAUAGGUUAGGAUAUCCUGGCUUCUCCAAGGCAGUCAGAGCUCUGUCAGGCUCUAGACAGAGGUUGUCAUUUGGGGGCAGUUAGACCCAGAGGAAGGCAGACUCUGGCCCACAGUCACACAGCUAGUGGGGACAGACUCCUGCCUCCAGCCCCAGCCCCAGCCCCAGCCCUUGCCUGAGUUACUCUAAUAGCCUGUUAUCUUGGCAAAACUCAGGGCAGAACAGCCAGCCUCAAAAAAAUGCAAGAGGCCAGUCACAGAUUUGGGAGAGGUGAGUGGAGAGAAGCCCCACUAGGCAUCCUUGCAGGGGGUCUCUGCCGCCCGGCCUCCCUUCUCCAGGACCCUACGCCAGCUCCCAGUCACUGCUCCUCCUGUUCCAGCCCCAGCCGCAGCCAGGCCCUGCCAUCAGCCAGCUGUGGCUCUGGUAGCAGCACUUCCAGCCCUGGUAGGCAGGCCUGGCAAUGGGACUGUCUCCAUUUCACAUGCCAGGAAGCUGAGUGAGGCCAGGGAGGGGAAGGAAAUGAUUUGAGGACAUGAAGAAAAGUAGCUGAGACUGAGCCAAUUUUCUAUCAUUUAAU